AUGAGGAUGACGAAGAAGCCCCAAAAAGCGAAAAAGAAAGAAACAAAAGGUGGGGUGUUUUCAGUGGUUGAAGCGGAGCAGAAAAAGAGUGAGCUUUGGUUGAAAGGGCAUGGGAGGAGACAGAAAGCAGAGAGUAGGUCGUCAAAUGUCUAUGGAACUUCAAAGAAGCGACUGAAUGACCUAAUGUUUAGAGAGGAAGAGAAAAGGGGGCGCCAGGACUUGAGUCAGGGCUUGCAGAGCUUGGGGACCAAGGCAGCCCAUGACAUCUGGUGA